ACGAGGCGGCGAAGGCAUGGGACUUCUCUGGCAGCGGCACCAUUUUGAUCCAGUUUGACUGAUCGUACAUGGCCAGGAGAGGGAAGAUCAGGGAUUCAACUAACCGGUAGGAGUCCGGCGGGGCGGGUGAGCUUCACGUUGUUUUUUCUGCUGCGGGAGGCGCGCGUUUCUGACGGUGCAUCGCUGGCGGGAUGCGGGCGAUUGCGACGGUGCACAAGUGGCAUGACGCAUGCGCUUCUUUUCUUUUGUAUCGGCUGGCGGGACGCCUGCGCUUAUCGCGGAGUACGCGUGGGAUUCUCUGUUGGAGCACGUCGGACGCGACAUGAGCAUAACCGGGGGUACGCCGAGGGUCAUUUCGUGCGCUUCUAACAUGCUCUCGGGGCGCGUCACCGAAAUCAGUGGCAAGCUUUCACCGUUGAGUUGUCGGAGGGACAACAUUUACACUUCGCACAGCUGACGCUGUUUAUGGCAGUAGUGUUGUGUGCAACUGAAGGCUACCAGCGGCACAUUACAUGCACCACAAAUCUGUCUUGUGUUUGGCAUGUCUUGUUUGUAGUCCCCCUCCCUCCCACUGCACUGCAUUUGCCAUUCGACCAGCCAGUCACAGAGAGGCACAGCAUAUGACCCGCCAGU